AUGGUUUGCGAUUUCUUCCAUCCCAAUAUCGGAGGCGUGGAGAAUCACAUCUACAUUCUAUCCGUAAAUUUAUUAAGACGUGGACAUAAAGUCGUCGCUGUUACGCAUUCGUAUCCUGAUUCACGCGUCGGAAUCCGUUGGCUUGCUCCCGGUAUCAAAGUUUACCAUGUCCCUUUACGCGUCCUUGUUUCCAACGCAACAUUGCCCAACUAUCUCACCUUUCUCCCCUGGCUGCGGGACAUUGUCCUCCGAGAACGCAUUACAAUCAUUCACGGGCACGCUAGUCUGUCAUCCUUUGCACAAGAGGCCAUCUUGCAUUCACAUCUCUUUGGAAGCGGGUUUGAAUCCAUGUUCGGAUGGUGGAGAAGAAAUGGCGAGCAGGAAGAAAGCAGAGAAAUACGAACUGUAUUCACAGAUCACUCACUGUUUGCACUCGAUGACGCGACAGGAAUCUUGACAAACAAGUUGCUGGCCGCUGCAUUGAACAACGUAGACGCGGUGAUCUGCGUUUCGCAUACAGCUCGAGAGAACACUGUACUACGAGCUCAAAUUGACCCACGGACGGCAUAUGUGAUUCCGAGUGCAGUCAUUGCGGAGCAAUUCAAGCCUCCUCCGAAGCCCCUGUCGACUGAUACAAUCACGAUUGUUGUAAUCUCUCGACUUGCCUACCGUAAAGGUGUCGACCUCCUUGUUGCAUCUGCACCACGUAUCUGCGCCUUAUUCCCACAAGUUCAAUUCCUCGUCGGUGGUUCCGGACCCAAACUCAUCAACCUCUUGCAAAUGCGCGAGGCCCACCGAUUGCAAGACCGCAUCACGCUCCUCGGUGCCGUGGAUCACCACGACGUGCGUAACGUCUUGGUGCAGGGGCACAUUUACUUGAACACGAGCUUGACGGAGUCCUUUGGGAUCGGUUUGCUCGAGGCGGCUUGUACGGGUUGUUUCAUCGUCAGUACAAGGGUUGGUGGUGUACCAGAGGUCUUGCCGAAAGAUAUGAUAGAGUUUGCGAUGCCAAACGAGGAUGAUGUAGUCCGAGCAUUGAGAAAGGCAAUUGCAAUCGUCACGGCUGGCAAGCAUGAUCCUUAUCGUGCACACGAACGCGCCAAAAGCAUGUAUACGUGGGAGGAUGUGACCAAGCGAACGGAGACAGUCUAUGCGGACAUUGUGAAGAAACGACCCACGGAUCUCUGGACUAGGAUGCAUAGAACCCUCCGUCUUGGACCGUUUGCUGGUCUGAUUUACUUUAUCAUUCUCCUAGUGGAAUGUCUCUUCUUCCUCUUUCUCGAAUGGGUCUGCCCACGAGACCAGAUUCACUACGUUGAAGAAGACUGGACAAUGGAAUCUUUUAAACAGGUAUGA